AUGCCGUCGUCUACGAGCCUCCGCUCCUCCUCCUCUCUCUCCUCCACUCCCUCCGCUCCCCUCGCCCACUCCCGCUCCGGCGAAUACCCCUACGCUCCUCCCCAUCCCGCCAUCGUGUCGUCUCAUAACGAGUACGCUGACGACAGCCACUCCGCGUAUCAUCAAGGGGCGGCGUACCCCCCUGUUGUUCCACCGUCAAACCCGCGGGAUCCCGCACGGAAACCGCGGUGGUACAGGAAGGUGCCGUGGCUGGCGCUGACAGUAUUAAUCGCCUGCAUAGCAGUCUUUAUUGUGACCAUGGCGGUGAAUGAUUGUCCGUCGAAGCCGCACCCGCAAGGCCAGAGCUGCGUGCUGCCUUGGCUGGGUCGCUUCUCCUUCGAGCCGCUCAAUAUCAAUCCUCUCUUCGGACCCACCGCCUUAACGCUUCAGGAGAUGGGCGCACUGAACAGUAACCUGGUUACCAACUACCACCAGGGCUGGCGGCUGCUGACAGCCAUGUGGUUACAUGGCGGCGUGGUGCAUCUCGUGUGUAACCUCCUCGGCAUCGCCUUCCUGCUCAACCGCCUCGAAAAGGAGUUCGGCCUGUGGCGGCCGACCGCUAUCUACCUUCUCAGUGGCGUCUUUGCUGCUGUCUUCUCCUGCCUCUUCCUCGACACACAGAUCAGCGUGGGUGCAUCUGGAGCGUUGUUUGGGCUGGUGGGUGCGUGCCUGUCGGAACUGCUGAUCAACUGGAAGCUCUACGACAACAGGUGUUCAGCGCUGAUGACGCUAAUCAUCCUCAUAGUAAUCAACCUCGCCAUCGGUCUCAUGCCCUACAUCGACAACUUCGCCCACAUAGGCGGCUGCAUCGCCGGCUUCUUCCUCGGCUUCGCUCUCCUGCUCAAACCCCAGCAUGGCUUCAUUGACCUCCGGGAUAGCUCCGGGGUGGCGACGGCGACGGCGAUUGCGGUGUCGGGGGGUGAUCCCGUGACUAAGAAGCAUUCUACGUGCCAGGUCUACACGCGGAUUCUUUCCGGAAUAAUCUUUAUGGCUCUCUUCUCACUCUGCAUGGCGGUGCUAUUUACCAAGGGCAAUGUGGCUUCAGACUGCACGUGGUGUCGCUACAUGUCGUGUGUGCCCACCCCUUGGUGGACCUGCGACCCCAAUGCCCCAGGCACACAGGGCCAAGGGCCUGUUUGCCAGGUCCGGUCGUAUCAAAAUGGCACUGGUGCGCUGGUGUGCACCAAUCAGACAAUGCUUGCCGUACCAAACAUCACAUCGAUGGCCAAUUAUGACCUGCGGUUUCGUCGGCACUAUCCUCUCUCUCCAACUGACGGUUUCAGGUCUUCCGCGAACUUCCAUGGCGUGAUGGCCGGCAGUUUCGCAGGCGCCAUGAAGCAGCGUCGAGGGUCAAACGAGCUCUUGCAUCAGCGCCGGCGCAGGCUGAGUGGAAAGAAGCACGCGCACCUGCGGGACAAUCUCCCCCUCUUCGCGCUAUUUCUCUGUGCCGUUGCCCUGCGCUUUCUUUUUCUGGCGCGAGAAUUCCUCUCCGCGCACGAGUUUGCGCUUUCGGGGAAGAGCUUUUCCAGCUGGUGGCCUCUCUCGAGUGGUUCCGGUAGCGAAGCUGCUCAUAGCGAAGCUGCAAGCGCAAGCGCUUUUUGCUCGAAUACUGACGACAUUGAAGCGCCAGAUAUGCAGUCUUAUGGAGUCUGGUCUGACAGCAGACGUGCUUGUUCCAGAAUUCGAACCGACGACCUUUCCUUCUCCAACAUUCACCUGCACAAUGUGGCAAUUCAAGGCACCGAGAUUCACUUUUAUGGCAUCGAUGAGGCUCGGUGGCGUCCGAACCUGGAGCGCAGGCUUGUGCCGUACCGGCAUUUGGUGGAAUGGGGAGAGAAGCAAAGUCCUAUUUGGACGUUAGUGUUCCACAAUAGCACACUGGACGUUAAACGGAGCUGCCAGCAGCGGGUUGAUGCUCCCACUGUGGUGGUGAGUCUGUGGCACGUGGACAACGCGUUUCACGUGCUCAACAACAACCUGCUCCCUGCCAUGCUCCACCUUCUGGAGAUGGGCGCGCUCCCCCGCAUGCCACUGCCACCACGCGCCGCUGCUGCCUCGGACCAGAGGACAGCAGCUGGUGAGGGCAGUGGCACCGGAGGGAGUGAUAGUCGGAACAGCAGCAGCAGUGGCAGUGGCAGUGGCAGUGGCAGUAGUGCUGGUGCCAGCUAUGGUGGUCCGAGAAGCAGUGACACUGCGCGGAGCCGAAAGGGUCUGACCGGCUGCCAUGGGUCGUCUUCUCUUGGCUCGUCCACUAAUCGCUUCUUACAGCGCGUGCAAGAGAGGUUGGUGGAAACCAUGGAGAGACACACAAGUAGCGGAGCAGGCCAGGAAAGAUCACGUGCAGGCGGCAGCAAAGGUGGGUUUCACUCAGUGGGGCAGGAUAAGGCAGUCAGCGGAUUGGGUUUACUGGAGGGGAGGGAAGGGGCGGAAUGGGGGCAGGACGAGGAGGAAGGGCUGCGAGUGUGCAUGCUGUUCUACCUUGGGGAUGAGCGACUCAACCAGUAUCCCUCAUCAGCCCUGGCGAUCCUAUGGAGAUUAUUCCAGUGCAGGAUUCGGCUGAGCGACACCCAGGGUUUGAGCCGGCGAAUCUGCUUCCGCCACCUGGCGUAUGGCCAGCGUGCAGUGUUUCCGUUUUACAACAGCUCCUCCUUUCUCCCUGGCUUUGAGAAGUUCCCCACUGUCAUAGCAGCCUAUCGCUCCCUCGCAUUCUCCCUCUUCAACAUUUUUCCAGCUGCCCGAGAUGUGGUUCCAGGGCCUCACAGCCAAUCGGAAGCUAGGGAUGGUACCCCAAGAAGGACCUUGGAAUCUCCGAUUGCUGGGCCCUUGUUGGCCAAUAAUGGCAGCUUGGCAGUUCAAGGGCCAAAGGCAGCAUCAGCAGGAGGAAAGGGACAACUUGAUGGGAGUUCAGGUAGUGAAGAAUUAUCGGUGUCAGAUGCAGGGAGCCUUGAUGGAACACACAUCUCAGCUUUCGGCGACGAUCGUUACGUUACAUUCAUUGAUCCGUGGGUGGAAGCCAUGGGUCGCAACGGCUUCCAUUGUGUUGUGCCCUGCUGUGACUUCGCAAACGAGCCCAUUGAGAAGCACCUGGCUCUUUUCUCUGCGGCUCAUAUAAUGGUGGGUCUGCAUGGAGCAGGGCUCACCAACGCCUUAUACAUGUCACCGGGUCGGCUCUUAGUGGAGUGGCAUGAUGAGUUUGCGUUGGGCACUGGUGGUAAGGAUCGGGAGCUGUUGUUUCACUGGGUGGCCAAGCAUUCAGAUCAUGAAUCGUUGUUCGACAAAACUAGGGAUUUCGCAUCGUUCCUCGGAGGAGGUGGGAAGUCCGCUGGUGUUAGGGUGCGGUCCGGGGGAGUGAGAGUUCUAGUCGGUGGCGGAGAUGACGUGGCAGUGGCGGCAGCGGGGGAAGUAGAGGGGGAAGCGGAGGCGGAGUUGUUUCCAUGCGGGACUGAGCAUGCGGUCGUUGGGGGCCUUGCGGGUCGAAGUGCGAGUCAGCGAAGGGAAUCUGGUGGUAACAAUGGCGUGUGGCGAAACGGAGUUGAUGCUUCGCAUCGGGAUGAGAUGUGGGCCGACAUGCUCUUGCAGGAACUCGAGCAAGCCUCUGCCAACCAGCCGGUUACUUUGUCGGUCGGCGGCAAGUCUAACGGCGAGAGCGCGACGCGCCGUCAAUCGACUGAAGCGGCGUCUCGAGAAGCGCAGUCUCCAACGCGCGACGGCCCUCGAACUCUAGGGUUGGGGGAAAGCAUUAGCGGAAGCGGGCGGAAGAGAGAGCAGGCGGAGCGGAGUCCGCUUGACGGCUUGCAGUUGGGCGGUGGGGGAGGAGGUUGCGGCGGUCAGGGCUUUUCGUUUUCUCCUGUCGGCAAUCCCAAGGGUCAUCAGAAGCGUCAGGAGACGAACCCUGGGGGAUGCGCGGAGGGAGUGACUGCACGCAAUGUGACUGUAGGCGUGGAGAGUCGACGGGAUGGUCAGUACGACGGGAGGAGUUCACUCGGAGGGGGGGAUGCUAGAGUUGUGACUGAAACGAGACCUUUGGGAUCCGUGGGGAAGGAAAGGGAUAAGGAAUCGUCGGAAGGCGAUGAGCGCGAGCGUGAGAGGGAAGGAGACAAGGCGGCACGGGACGGGAUUCAGCGGGGAAGCGAGGGAGGAUGGGAGGGGUGGGAGAAGAUGGUGGGGGCAGGAGAAGGGAUUUGCGCGCACGAUCAGCAGCAGCAGCCGCAUGGGGACUUUGAGGCGUCUCAGAACCACAAACAGCAGCAGCAGCAGCAGCAGCAGCAGCAGCAGCCGCCGCCGCCUUCGCAGAACGUAUUUGGCGGCGACGCGCAUCGGCCUGUGGAGUAUCGAGUCACGGCGUGCGAGGAGGGGCGCCGCCCGCCCGCGUGGAAGCCGGCGGCGUCCGCGGGGCACUUAAAGCGCGACGACGACCUCACUCUAAAAGCGUUCCUCAAAGGCGGCAGAAGACGCCACGGAGGCGGUUCGGUGCGCGGCGCGCAGACGUGGCGGGCGGACGAUAUUGCGGACGCGUGGCGGGUGGCGGAGGGGCUUGCGGAGAUGGAGCGCGUGCGGCGGGAGCAGGCGGGACGGGGUGCGCAUCCCACCUCUGGUUCCGCAAACCCGCCCGCUACCACUUAUGCGGCGGCGGCUGGCGCCAUUCAGCGGUUCCCUGCUGCGGGCAGCCCCGCCGCCUGCUUCUCCCCUUAUGCCAGUGGAAGCGCCGCGGUGAAGGACAAUGGCGCGCCAGGGGGUGGGCUCGCGCGGAACGACAGCGCGCGGAAGGGCAAAGCGGCGGUUGCGGACGAGUCUUGCGGGUUUGACCGGUGCGCGAGUAGCGAGUGCACUGGCGGAUCGUCGCAGGGGGAAAGCUCAAGGUCGCGCGGAGGGGGAAGGGCGCGCGGGGAGGGGAAGAGGCGGAAGGGUUCGCGCUUGUCAGGCGGAGGGGAGCGGAAGGGGAAGGUGAAGGCCGCUGGCGCUGCUGCAGGCGAUGCUGCUAUUGGCGCUGAUGUUACUGCCACGACCGAUAUGAGCAUUAGGGAAAAAGCGUCCGCGCAGGGCGUUAAAAGCGGAGGGGGGAGGGAGAAGCGCGGAGUAGAAAUGCGCGCUGACGUGGCAGGGAAGGGCGCGGCGCAGCAGAGCGAGAAGGCGAAGCAGAUGGAGCGGAACCUCAAGGUAGCGUCCGCGCAGCUUCUCACCCUGCAGAAAUGGGACGAGGGGUCAAGAGACCUUGCGGUGCGAUGGGCCGUGUGGCUCUUAAGGCUAAUUCGCAAGUCCGCCCCCACGCCCCCCCCACACUCCAUCCGCCUCCUCCUCUUCUCUUCCAUUCUCAUGACUCUCCCUCGGGUAGCCGACUCCCUCCUCCCCCUCACCUCCCUCCCGGGCCUCGCCUGCUCGCCAGCGUCAGGCUCGGCGCCAGGUUUGGUGAAAGGCUUGGCGGGAGGUUCGGCAGCGUCGGAGGCGGUGCGGCAGAUGCUGCGGAGCGUGUGUGCGCUGGUGGGGGCGGUGGGGAGGAGUCAGUCGUCUGCAUCGUUCCGCAAGGGUCUGAUGAGCUUCAAGUCGUGGGCCGCUAAGAAGGCACAAAGUGCAGAGGACCAGAGGGUAGCUCAUGCCUCUGCUGCUCCUACCCCUCUUCCCGCUGCUCCUGUUCCUGCUCCUGAUGCUCCUGUUUCUCCUCCUGCUGCUCCUGCACCAGCUCCUGUUGACCCACCGUCUACCUUUGUGUCGUCACAUCAUAACGGUCUGGACCUCGCGCUGUCUGCACCAGCACCAGCAGCAGCACCAGCAGCACCUGCUCCUGCUCCUGCUGCCGGUCCUGCUGCUCCACCUGCACCUGCGGCAGACAACCCGCUGGCACACCAUCCAGCGCCGCCCCCUCUGAACGCGCACUCGCACCGGGCGUUUGGGUCGGCGCAGAGGAGGAGGCAGAGGGCGGUGGAGCAGCAGGCCAGGGAGCUCUGCAGCGGGCUCUUCUCCCCGUACGGGCGGCACGCCGUGUCUGGUAGCGGCGCCAGCAGCAAACGAUCAGACGGCCCUGCCCCUCCUCUUCCUCCCCCUCAUGUUACUGCCGCCGCUGCCGCUGCUGCUGCUGCUGCUGCUUCUCCCUCUCCUAGUGCAUCUGCCUCCGCAGCAGCAGCAGCGGCGGCGAGCAGUGGGCGCAUGGCCAAAGCCACACCAGCACCCAAGGAUGCAUUAGGAUCAGGGCAUAAGAGCACAGCAGCCCGUGCAGGCACGUCAGUGUGGCUGGGAACCCCUCUGGCUGCUGGCAUGGGGGCGAAGAUCGCUGUUGGUGGGAGGGGCAGCGCCAGUGCUGUUUACCGCGAGCUGUCUUCUCGUUGCGGGAAUGUGGCUCAGACCGAGGCGAGCGCCGUGCCUUACUUCUGGUCCGGGGUUUACCGAACCUGUGGUUCAGGUUUGGCUGGAAGUGUUGGGUUGAGGGCGUGGCAGAAGGGCAGGGUUGAUACAGCGAAUCUGGUCAGGUCGCCCAAGGCUGCUGGUGCUGGCACUGCCGCCGUUGCCGCCGCUGCUGCUGCCGCUGCUGCUGCUGCCGCUGCUGCUGCUGCCGGCACUGUUGCUGCUGCAGCUGCUUCUGCCGAUGCCCCAUCAUCCUCUCCUGUUACUGCUGCCGCAGCAGCAGCAGCAGACGCCAAGGAUGGUGAUGGCAGCAUUGGUGCAAUCCCUACUGUCGGUGUCACAGCAUCCAAUGGGAGCAGCAGCGCAGGGCAAGGCACAGAGAUCAAGACUGAGAUGGACGUGAACGGCUGUGAUGAUGCUACAGCCACGGGCACAGCUAGUGGUGAAGAGGCGUGGGAGGGGGUCUUGGAUCCCGCUGUGGCAGCCAAGAAUCAGCACCCUGUGGGAACGGAACCGAUGGGAUCAGGGCGUGAAGCAGCUGUAGCAGGUGCUGUGACAGGGACAGGGGCAUUGGCAAUGGGAACGGUGGGUGGAGAUACAGUGGGGAGUGCGUACACUCACACGUACACUCACACGGGGUGCACAUCGGGCAGUACAUGGGUGCAGGAGGGCGGGGAGGGCCCUCACAUGGUGUCCCGACCAAGGUCCCGGAGGAAGAUGAUGGCCAAGCGCGAGUGA